AUGGGAAAUAACACUUCUCAGGAGUCUCGAGAUCGCCAGCGUCGCCCUGGCGGAGAUAAAGGGCUACCGAUGAAUAUAUCAGGCCCAUCAGGUGGGCUCCAGAUGAUUCCGACUCCCCAUAGGGAUGGAACUGGCCGACCGGUCAUUCCCCGAUCCUUUGAGAUCAAUCGUGAUCAGCUCCUUCUUGCUUUCCAAUACAUGGCGGAUUAUCUCCAUGGACAGGGUGCCAAUUUGACCAUUUAUGUGGCCGGAGGCGCAGUCAACACCGUCUACCUUCGUUCUCGACACAGUACUGGUGAUGUCGACUUUUUUGGUUCAAACGAGCAGAGUCGUCUUCUGAAAGACGCAUCCAAAUAUGCUCAACAGCAUUCCAAAUCCCAACUCGGCGCAAACUGGUUCAACAACUCCAUGUCGUUGUUUUUGGGCCGCGCCAUGGAGCAGGACCUCAUGGGAGCAUCGCAUCUCCAGAAUGCAGUCCUCUUCAGCAAGUCCGGGCUCACGGUUUAUGCCGUCCUCUGGGAAUACGCACUGUGCGGCAAGACAGAUCGGCUGACGAAACCAAAUAAACGUCCGUAUGAUACCGCAGACGCCGUGGCUUAUCUUCAUCAAUGCGUGAAGGCAAACGGCGAGCAUGCAAUCCAAGCCCAGCAGAUUGAGACAUGGGCGCGAAAUUACAACAAGGCGGUUUCAGCCACAGUACUAAUGGAGAUUGACACCUUGUACAAGAGCAAAUAUGGUAAGCACGGUAUAUUGUUUUGA